AUGACCGAAAUAACUCCUGCACCCAAAGAAGAGCCCAUUCCCAUUGAGCUUGAAAAGAAAUCUGAUGUUAAGGCUGAGCCAAAGUCUGAGGAGGUAACUCCUGAGGUUGAAAUUACCGCUGUGCCUGAAACCAAUGAAAAGAAAGAAGAGUUGCCUUCGACUAUUACUGAAGGAUACUUACAAAAACGAACUCCCAAAACAAUUAUGAAAAUAUGGAGUAAAUCUUAUUUCACUGUUGGAACUGAUCCUAUUUCUUUGGAUAACCUUCGUCUUUAUCAUAAGAAAAACGUAAAAAAGGUUCCCUCAGAAACUGCUCCCGCUGAAACUGAGGUCGUUGAAAAAAUUAUUUCUAAAGUCGAAGAACCUGCUUUGGAAACCAUUGAACCUACCAAAGCCGAAGAACCUGUCGCAGAAGCUACCGAGACUACAAAGGCUGAAGAGUCAGUUGUGGAAACCGCUGAACCCCCCAAAACAGAAGUUCCCGUUGCUGAAACUACUGAAGUUUCCAAACCUGAAGAACCUGUCGUAGCUGCUUCAACUGAUGCUGAAAAGGUAGAUGAAACAAAAGAACCUGAAGACAAAAAACCGGAAAUCAAGGAGCAACCUAUCUCCACAACUAUUGUUGAGGAGGAAGCCAAACAUGCCGAAACCAAUGUAUCAAACAGUUAUUAUAAAAACAUUGCCCAUGCUACAAAAACUGGUAAUGGAUUAUUAUUCUACUAUAAAUCAGAUAGUGAUGCCCGUAAUAAGAAACAGCCACUUGGUAUAAUUAACUUGAAAGAAGUCGAUGGUGUCGAUAAAGUCUAUCCAAUUGAUGAUUGCGCUGGUAAACCAUUUGUCUUCAAAGUUGAAACAAAUUAUCGUCUUUUCGAACUUGCUGCUGAAUCAAAUGUUGAACGAGAUCGUUGGAUUAAAACUAUCAAGGAAAAAAUUGAGGAAGCGGACAAAAUCGAUGUUGAAAGUUCUGAAGAAUAUAAAGCUACUUAUAGUAAACUUGAAGGAGGAAACGCAUUUAUUAAUCACAAGUCUGACAAUAUUAUGUCGGAUACUGAAAUGUUUUCCGGUGAUGAAGAAAAUACUGAUCCUCCAAAACGUAAUGUCAAAAAUGUUGAUCCCAAUAGACGUAGAUCUGUUUUUACACAAUUGUUCUUUGGUGGAAGAAAGGCUUCGACAUCCGAUGCUACAACCUUAGUAACCACAUCUGAAACCAUUAAUGAAGAUGGUACUAAAGAAGUUAUCACUGAAACAAGUGAGAUUAUAACUACCGAAGAAGUUUUAAAAACCGAAGAUAUCAAAACCGAAGAAGGUUCUCCUAAAUCUCCUCAUAAACCUAGUAGAUUCCCUUUCAAUAUUUCCUUUAGUAAGAAAGUUGAAAAAGGUCAUGAUACUAAAGAAGAAACAACAACUUCAGAAAUAAUUAAAGAAGUAGUUGUUAAAGAAAAAGCUACUGAGGAAGCUACCAAUGCCGAAGCCAGUGCUGCUGUUAUAACUGCGAAUGGUGUAGAAGUUACUGAAGAAAAUAAAGACGAAAAACACGAAGAGAAACAUAAGAAAGGGUGGAUUGAAAAUCUCAACCUUUUCAAGAAAGUUGCCGGAAAAGAGACUCAAAAAGAGGAGAUUACAGAAACCGAAGAAACGAAUACUGAACAAACCAAAGCUGAUCAUGCUGAGACUCCUGCCGAAGAGGAAGCACAUGAAAUUCGACAUAAAGAGCACAAGGACGGUAUCUUUAAGAAUUUAUUCAAAGGAAAGGCAAAGGACGAAACUCCUCAUGAAACUAAAGGUGAAACUACUGAAGUUGUUAAUGAAGCUUCUGCUGAGGAUACUACCAUUGAAGCAAAAGGCGAAGGAAAAACGGAAACGGAAGAGAAAUCCGCAGAAACUCCCACAGAUAAACAAGAUGAUCAUUCAAGAACCAUAUUAGGUGUCAAAUUACCAUUUGGUGCUAAAAGCAAACAUGUUUCUGAAGAAAAAACCGAAACAUCAGAAGAUAAAGUUGAAAGUAAAUCUGAUGAACAAGUAGAACCAAAGAAAUCAGAGAAUAAGGAAGAAAAGGAUGAUGAAAAAAAGGAAGAUAAAAAGGAAAAGAAGGAAAAAUCAAAGAAAGAAAAGAAGAAGAAAGAAAAAGAACACGAGAAAGAAAAGAAAGAAGCAGACGAUUCAUCGUCAACAUCAUCAUCUUCGUCCGAUUCUUCUGGAGGUGGUGUUGUUCGCAGAGUCACCCAAAUCUGGAGAAGAAAUAAAUCACAUAAGACUGAUUCAUCUCAUCGAGAAGUCGUAAAUGAAGCAUCAGAGGAAAACGAAGAAAAAAAGGAAGCUGAAACUUCCGAAGCAAAAUCCACCGAAAAGGUCGAAAAAGCUCCCGAACAAACAAUACCAGAAAGCUCUAACGAAUCUACAGAAGAUAAGGUUAAAAAAGAUGAUGAGAAAAAGAAAGAAAAGACUUCGAUAUUCGAAAAUUUGAAGAGAAUAAGUAGUGGUCUCGGUAAACGACAAAAUUCUUUGCCACAAGAAGCUACACAUGAAAAAGUUGAAUCAACAGAUUCAGCCGCUGUUGCAUCAGCUUUGGAAGCAACUGAUGUCGAAAAUGUUGAUAAAAAAGCAAAAAUUGAAGAGAACGAAUCAGUUCAAAAUAUAUUAAAAAAAGGAAACCUUCAUAAACAAACUCAAUUUCGUAAAAAUCUCGAAAUUCGUUACUUUGAACUCACUAAAGAUAAAAAAUUAGUCUACAAUCGAUCUGAGACAGAUUUUUCAGCUACAAAAUCGAUUGAUCUUUCUGAUAGUAAAGUCAAAUUAUCUUUAGUUAAAGCACAUGAAGGUAAAUCUCCUUACUUGUUUGACCUUGAGACAAAAACAAGAACAUUCAAGAUAGGUGCUGACACUGAAGAAGAACGUGAUUCAUGGAUCCAAUCGCUUAAAGAGGUCGGUGUUACUCUUGUAUCUGCACCUACUGAAAAGGAACAACCAACAUCCAGCCAAAAAACCGAAGAAGUUUCCACAAGACUCGAAGUUACCAAGAGUGAAACUAAUCUUCAAGAAGAAAUUGAUGCUGUUGCUGCGUCAGUAUCUGAAACCCAAGAGCCAACGACGACAUCAGAUAUUGUAGAAACUAAAGAAGAGAAAGAAACCACUGCAUAA